UUCGCCAGUGGGCGGCGAGUCUAAUGGAGACCCACGAGGGUGAACAGUUCGUGACGUUUCCCCUUGCUGAUGUGCACGAUGCCAUACAGGAGAACAUGAUAUCCCACGAGGAGAUAUGCGAGCCUAGCGUCGACGAAUGCGUCCUUCAGGAAGAUCUCACGGAUGUGCCGGUGAACGAUGUCAACGCCGAGAUCGCGGAACCGCAGAAUGAGAUACUUGCGGAACAGUCCGACGAAGAGGAUGACAAUCAAGUGGUGUAUCCGAUGUACAUCAAGCAAGAAGAACAGCAGCAGUACACAUCGGGCGAUGACGAGUCGAUGGCGGUGGAGGCCCUGCGGCAGUUGGGUGGCAUGUAUCCUUGCUUUGAGGACAAGAAGGUCAGCUGUCCCACCUGCAAAAAUCUCUUCAACCAGGACGAGUUGGCCAAGCACCAGUCUACGUGCACUGUAUCCAAGUUAUCUUGUACAACCUGCGGUGAGAGAUUCGAGAGGAAGAUAGACCUCAAUAACCACAUGGUUUGCCACCAGGUGGACCGUCCUCACGCAUGCAGGACAUGCGGCAACUUGUUCCGUUCUAAGAGCAGCUUGCAGUCGCACAUGCAGCAGGUGCACCAGGUCGAACGGCCGCACAAGUGCACGGUCUGCGGCUCAGACUUCCAGAGGCCCUCCAGCUUGUCCAAUCACAUGAAAAUACACACGUACAUCGCGGGACGCGCCAUCCAGCAAAGCGGCAAUUUACCGGUUCAAGAGACGUUCAGGAAGUGGCCGGAGGACGCGUCGGAUUCGCAGAAUACCUCCCAGGUGUCGUCGGUGCAUUCCAUACAGAAUUAUGACGUGUGUCAGGUACAAUGGCCGGUGUCGUCGUACAAUUUCCAGGGCGAGCAGUCGACGGUCACGACGAUGUCGAAUCAGCAGGAGAAGAUGGACGCGCUGCAGGAGUUCACGGUGAUGUCCAACGGCGAGGUGACGCAGUUCGAGUACACGGAGCAGAACAGCAUCGGCAAUGCGGUCGGUGGUCAGCAGUACAACCUGUCAUUGAACUCGUUUGAUGGCCAGGACGGGGUGGUGAAGGUUGAGGCGCUCUCGUACAACAACGAGAACCGGAGGAACUUCGUGGAGAUCGAGGAGAACGGCGGCAAGCAGCAACAACAACAGCCGCAGCAUUACACGUGCAAGCACUGCGGGGUCGCGUUCUCACGAGCGACCGCGUUAGCCUCCCACGAGAAGAUCCACACCGCCAAGAACUGGAACAUGCCGAUCGAGUGCGAAUAUUGCGACAAGCAGUUCCAAGACGGCAAUCACCUGGCGACCCACCAGACCACUUGCGCCAAGAAGAUCAUGCGGAACAACAUGGAGCAGGGCGUGAGCAACAACAAGUGGAGCAAGCACGCGUGCUCCGAGUGCGGGAAGAAAUUCACGACGAAACAGAAGAUGUUUCGCCACCAGUGGAUCCACAGGAAGAAGACGCACUCGUGCGAGGUGUGCGGCGUGCUGUUCGAGAAGCAGUCCGAAUUGGACGAACAUCGGCUGUCGGCUCAUCUCCGCGACGCGCCGCACACUUGCUCGGAGUGCGGCAAGAGCUUCGUGUCGCGUCAGGGUCUCUGGGAGCAUGGCAGGACUCACGUCGGCAGCCCGGCGCACUUCCAAUGCGACAAGUGCUUGAAAACCUUUUCUUCCCGUCAGGGAUACCUGAUUCACAACCGCACGCACACGGGCGAGCGUCCGUACGGCUGCAAGUACUGCUGGAAGUCUUUCCGGGAUGGCGGCACUCUGAGGAAACACGAGCGCAUCCACACCGGCGAGAGGCCGCACGUGUGCCCGUUGUGCUCGCGGGCGUUCAACCAGAAGGUGGUAUUGCGCGAGCACGUGCGCUGGGUGCACGCCGCGGGCAAGAACGAGACCGAGGCGAGCGAUCCGCCGUAUCAGUGUUCCCUGUGCGGCGCCUUGAACCAAGACCGCGACGAGCUCUGCGCGCACAUCGUCAAGCAUUCCGAUCAGUUGAUAGCCGAGGCUAAAGCGAAGAACAACGACGGCUACCCGAAGUCGAAGUCGUUGGCCAAGAAGAAGGCGAAGUCCAAGUCCUCCUCCUCGUCCUCGUCGACCUCCUCGUGCGGCAUCAACGCCCCCAGCGGUAAGCACGAUGCGCUCGAGCACUUCAUCUCGAAGACUGAACAGAACGAGGCGCUGCUGUCGAUCACGGAGAACGUGGACAAGCCGGACGAUCUGCACGUGAUCAAUGACAAGCCGAACAACGCCUUCGUCGUGGUGACCGCGGAGAAACGUACCGACGGCUUCAUCGCGAUAUCCGAGUUCAAGCACAGCAACAUACGCUUCAUCGUGGACGGCAAGGAGGACGAGAAUAUCCACGUGCUGCACGUCGAUCAGAAUCACCGGGACCCCCUCGACGUGAUCGCCGCGUCGGAGGAGUGCAGCGACGCGACGCAGUCGGUCGUGGCCGCCGACGAGACGAUCAGGCGCGGCGAGAUGACGACGAUGCAUCUGAUCCAGGCUUCUCCCGGCAAGCAAAACACCCUCAACAUAAUAUCGAAGCAAAACGAGUCGCUGCCGGUGCUGGCGAUACCGAACCCGCAGAGCCACACCGAUUACUCCAGUCAAAUCGUACAGGUGAGCGACGCCGAUCUAACAAUGGUGGGCCACCAGACGCAGCAUCUCAAGGACGGGAAGAGCCGCGUCGAUCAGGACGAGCAGGAUCGCUUGAUGCAGGAGGAAGCGUCUCAGACGGCGGUUAUUCAGGUCGUGCAGUACCAGCAGCAGGAGAGUGACGAGGAUGAGGAGUUCACCUGCGGAAUCUGCGGGGAGGAAUUCGACGAGAAGAGCGCGUUGAAAGAACACAUUAAGAUUCAUAUAUAAUCGUCGUUGUCACACUCUCUGCCACUCUGUCCAGAUUUUUGAUACUUCGCACGCUAAUUGUUCCGGAAUGUGUAAACAGUAACGAAAGUAACGCACAAUUAAUGCAAUAAUCCCUUACUGCCAGUGACCUUAAGUCGCGUCCUGUGUAAACUUGGCACCUUGUAUUUUGUAUCUAUGUGUACUAGUGAAUUUGUUUGCAUCGAAGUCGGAUGUCGGCCAUUUUGUUAAACUCCUGAUUCUUUUUCUCUUUGGUGAAGGUGCAAACGAAAUUAUUGUUACAGCAAACUACAGACGGGAUGCUAACAUUUUCUGCAUUCAAAGAUUCGGUUUUUUUUUUUUUAAAGUCGGUUUAAAGUACCAGGUUCACAUAAGUUAAAUCGCACGAGGUUCACCUACACGCUAGGAACAUUUUCAACUAGUCUGUGUUACAUUGAGGUAGACUAGUUUUUAGAAAUGGAAAGGAGGAGGGCAGAGACACAGCAGUAUAGAGCAAGAUUUUGGUAUUAUGUAUAUAAUAUGUAAGAUAGAUAUAUUUAUUGAACCGCGAGAGAUGCUAAUUAUGACUCGAAUAAUUCAACGUAUGUCUUUUAUUAUCUGAUUAGGCUGAUGAUUGUUACUUGAAACGUGUAUUUUCGUUUCUCUCUUCUCAUGUGGGCGAUCAUAUAGCAAGAUUACUUGACGAUUUGUCAAUUCAUGUGAUCAGAGGAGUGCUCUUUUUCGUGUUAUCUCAAAACAUCAAAUGAAAGUUUAAUUUGUCAACGUAUGGUUCAUCGUGAUUGAUAAGAGGACUGAUUAUCGUACUACUGCAUUCACGUUUGUUUCACACAGUCGGACAAUGAAUUAAAGAAUACUGCACUUUAUUUUCACAUAUUCAAAGUAUAUGUUAAAUAUAAUUCCAGAAAAAAAAAUAUAUAUAUAUAUAGAUUAUAAAGUUAUAUCAAGACAUAUAAAUUUAUUCGCUAUUCGGGCAUUUGUUGAAAAGAUUUACAUACAUAUCGCGAAAAAAAUAAAAAGAAUCUACAAUCAGGUGCAUUAUACUUUUAUUUCGUGUUGCUCUAUAAUUAAUAUAUAAUUUGCAUUGAAUGUGUACAGGAGCCAUCAUAGAGACCUCUUCGGAAGGCUCCGGAAUUAACAUUAAUAUUUUACAGAAUUCUGAGCAAACUACAAAGAGAAUCGUCAUAUACUUGUGAUAUUCGUAAUCAAGAAUCAUCCACAGAGAGGUGCAAGACGACUUUUUGGAGAAGAGAGUUGAAAUAAAGAACUGAAAGGAGUGCUAGAGACAAAGUGCAGCGCUGGUUUAUGUCAUUAAUUAUGAAUUUUUAAAGGCCUAGCAGCAAAAUCCGGCUCUAUACUUCUCUUCAUAAUAACGUAAGAUACACGUUAAAAUGAAUUUCGUUAAGAAAUAUCCUGUGAAUAGAAGAAGUGUUGAGUGUAAACAUGGUAAAAAGUGUAGCCUAACUGCACUAAGUGCUGCUCUUGCGUCCGUACGUGCAAUGCAUUAAUAACCGCAUAAAUAUGGACAUAUACUUAAUAUGUAGACAAAGUGUUUCGCACUCUUAUCGCACGAGACUCCAAAAUCGAUUUGGAAUUUGUCUCUGGCUCCUGUGCACCCUUAAAAGCAAAGUGUCAUUAGUGUCAGUCUAUAAUAGGUAUUUUAAAUCUUAAGAAAUUGACCAA